AAUGCUCAAUAUUAAUUGAACUAUCCAAUGACAAUCAGAAGAUUUCACAAUGAUGAGAAACUCAUAUGAUCAUGACCAAUUAUGAGUAUGAUUUCCCUAAAGCUUUUUUGCCAUCCAAAAAUAAUAUUCUUGAGAACCUCAAGAAUUGAUGCCCUUUUCACUAUACUAGGAAAUUAUGGCACACAUCUCCACUUAAACAAGAGCUACAUCUGCCAGAAUACAUCACCUGUUUUUCCAAUGCCAAAAGCCUGCCUAUCUCUACCUUCGCUGGAAGAAGCUCAAGAAAAGCAACUGGAUAUCCAAAGUGAGUUGCACCCGUUACCAGAGAUCCUCCAUUCUGCAGACUCCGCACAUCUUUUGGGUCUGAUUUUCUGCUAAAACUUUAAGAAGAAAACAGUGACUACAAGACUAGUUUGAGGAGUGCAUGGAUCUUCCAGUUCAAGAAACCAAGGAAACAAACUCAGACCACCGUGAGAAUGGAAAUAUCAGUUUCAAAAGGAUAUUCCCUCUGCUAAAACAACACAAAAUGUGGUUCCAGAUGGCCAUCUACUCACUCCUGGUGCUCUCUGGUCAAUCAGCCGCAACACUUCUUGGCAGACUCUACUAUGAAAAAGGUGGGAAAAGCAAAUAUAUUGCAGCACUUGUGCAGUCUGCCGGAUUCCCAUUCCUCCUUCCUUUUCUCUACAUUGCAGCAAGAAAUAAUCCAACUAUCCAGCAAACAAGCCCAUCUAAGAAUUUAGCCCUGCCAGCUCUAUACAUUUGUUUUGGCACUUUUCUUGCAUUUGAUUGCAUGUUAUAUGCUGUUGGCCUAAUGUAUCUUCCUGUCUCCACAUUUUCACUCAUCUGCUCAAGCCAAUUGGGAUUCAACGCUUUCUUCUCCUACUUCCUCAACUCUCAGAAACUCACACCCCUAAUACUAAACUCCAUUGUGCUCCUCACUCUCUCCACCGUUCUCCUCAUUUUGCAACCGGAUUCCUCCACCGGUGCUGUGAUUGAGGGGAAAUACGCAUUGGGAUUCAUUUGCACUCUGAGCGGCGCUGCUGGUUACGCAUUCUUGCUCUCAGCUGAGCAGCUGGCUUAUGGUAAGAUACUCAAGAGGCAAACCAUGAAGGAAAUCUUGAAUGUGAUAUUCUACGAGUCGAUGGUGACGACUUGUGCACUUCUAGUAGGCCUUUUUGGCAGUGAAGAGUGGAGGAGUUUGAAGAAUGAGAUGGAGGGAUUCCAACUAGGCAAGACAUUGUACGCGAUGAUCUUGUUUAGUGCAGCAUUGGCAUGGCAGGUGUUUGCUAUUGGCAUGGUUUCUCUAAUGCUGAAGAUCUCUUCACUGUUUGCCAAUGUUGUUAGUACUAUGAAUGUGCCGGUUGUGCCAGUUCUAGCAGUAGUUGUAUUCCAGGACAAGAUGAGUGGGCUGAAAAUUGUUGCCAUGGUGUUGGCUGUAUGGGGCUCUUUAUCAUAUGUUUAUCAGCAAUACCUUGAUGAUGUCAAGUCCAGGGCAGAGAAUGCUGUUGCCUCUCCAAUCCAAGUCAUUGCAACUAUCCCCUGUGAAAAUGAACAUUAACCAACAAAUUUUGCUACAAGAAAAACUUGGUGAAAGUUCACUUUCAAGAAUCGUUUAAGGAGAUUUUGAUGAAUUUCAUAUGUCCCAUCAUUCAAUCUUUGAUUUCAACAAGAAUUUCAUUUGAGGAAAAGAAUUACUACUUUAAAUGAUGUAAGUUUCUGUUUGUUUAAGGUAAGAGGUUGCAAGUCCAAUUAGAUUUUCCAUUUCACAUUUAUCACAUCUUUAAUUACAAUUAAUAUAUACACAUUAUGUAUUUAGAAAUAUAAAAUAAGCAGUGUCUAAAAGGGGAAAACAGAGAAAAAAGAUCAUCAUUAUAAUAUUCUUCCACUACUUCGUCAUGAGUAGAUGCAUCGAUUUAUUG